AUGGAGUCCGCCACCAGCCAACAGGCUUUGUUGAAUGCUCCGUCGGAUCCUUCGAACGGCAAAUCUUGCAGAUUUCAAAGGGUUUCACCGCUCUACGAUUGACUGUUAUCCCUUUCUGCAAGCGGGUGAUAGCUGACUGGGCACCUGUCGAUCACUUCGGAGUCCGGACUGACACACUGACGAGACUCGGGAAGCUUGACGUUGUAAUGAAAGUUUGAAAGGUCGCAGUCGCAAUGGCGCGCAAAUGUCCUCCGUGCUCAUCUAGCAUGCUUACCAUGCGUAUCUUCCAGUGAAGUCACCACGGUUGAUAUAAGCUGAGUGUCACGAUCGUCUCCAUGCGUUGUCUUUCAGAACCAGAUGCCUGUCAAUGAAAGACGGGAUACCCGAUACUCACCUACCCUUCGUCUGGACAACUUUGUAAUCCCUGUCAUCCUAUUCAAGAUCAUUGCUGUCACCGUGCCGGAACAGCUGCCCAGGCAAUUUACAGCGCUCCGGCUGCAUUCAGGGAAAGGUUGUCUGAUGCUAGAGAAUAGCGCAGUGAUUCAUUGAGCUGCUAUACAUUUGCACUUCUGCGUACCCUCGGUGUUCCGUUGCAGCAGCGGUCACCUGCCAUUGGUUGCUGAUCGGGUGCAGAUCAGCGUCACCUUUGAGACUUCAGUUUAAAGCCCCCUAGUGGUCCUUGAGUCCUUUUUCCUAUUUGACGUCCAUGUUCAGUAGUUCAUUUCCCGUUGUUCUUUAGGUGUGCACCCUGUCUUGCAUAAGGAAGUAUGGCUACGUUUGAUGAUAGCAUGGGUGCAUUGCUGGUGGGACAAAUGGUUGCUACCUUCCUUUAUGGACUUAGUACUCUUCAGACAUAUGUCUACUUCACGAAGUUCCCUCGGGACAAGCGGGAACUGAAGAUCUGGGUUGGGCUGACAUGGAUCAUUGACACAGUGAACAUCGCGCUUGUGUGUCAUGGCCUGUACACGCUAUUGUUCGGGCAUGCCAUGCCCAAUAAAGACAACCCGAUAACAGACCGAGGGAAGAGGUCUUUUGACAUCUCUGCAGGGUUGAACGUCCUGGUGGCGAUCUUGGUCCAAUGCUUCUUCGUGAAGCGCAUUUUCCAGCUGUGUGACCAGCAGAUGAAGUACUGGGUAUUGGCCGUGCUUUCUGUUCUCGUGCUCACACACUUCGCUCUCGGCUCAGCCGCCGUUGUACGAGUAAUAGAGGCCCUGAGUGUAUCAGAGGCCAAACCACUCAACACACUUUCGUUGUCUGCUAUAGUGCCAUAUACGCUCGCUGCGGUCGUUUCGGAUACCGCAAUCUCAAUUGCACUGGUUCUUCUGCUACGAACAAAACGUUCAGGGUUCGAAAGUUUGAACUCCAUACUAGAUCGUGCAAUAAACUUCGCCCUCACGCGUUGCGUGCUUGUUUCGAUUGUGGCCAUUGCGAGACUCAUAACGUUCGUAGUCGUUCCACAGACACUGUGGUUUUUGGCCGCCGACUUCGGCAUGGGAAAAAUUUACGCUAACUCACUACUUGCUAUGCUCAACGCAAGACGCGCACAGCCAACGUAUACCGUCGAGCAGGGAUCAGGAAGUUCAGGGGAGACUGCAGUCUUCUCGACUGUGCUGGAACUGUCUUCACCAAGGGCGGAUAGUCCCACUACUUCACGUUUCCUACCAACAUUCUCUCUACGGCGGGUAUCCAGCAUGAGGGAUUUUGAACGGCAGGAUGGUUCCGACAAGGUGGCUAACGAUAGCAAUGCUCAUUAUAUUCCGACAUUACCUGUGAGUAGCAGUACAUAGAUGGUUCUGCAUAAGGGAGAGGGACGAAUGUUGCUACAUCAUGAAUAAUUAAUGACAUUCCAUCAUUCACAACUAC